AUGACUACCGGAGUCUUCCACUACAUCGACCCGACAUCAAGCGUUGAUGCCAGCGGCAACAGAGUCAAGCCUUGGGCAAAGGUUGACGUCGACCAGACUUCAUUCCAGCGCAAACUUAUCAAGCGCGAAGUAGUCGACAUUCGCAGCGCAGCCAGCCUCAAGGCCUUCGACGUCGACCUCUCUGGCUUCGACGUGUUCAAGUCUCCCGCCAAGGAAACCGAGUUCACUGAUGAAUCGGCCGUGAGAAAUGGUUACUAUGGCGAGGUCGACGCGCUUCUAAAGGAGAGGAUCCCGGGUAUCAAGAAAAUCGUUAUCUUUGAUCACACCAUUCGCAGGCGUGAAAAGAGCAGCCCCAGACAGCCGGUGCAACAAGUCCACGUUGAUCAAACGCCCGGCGCGGCUGAAGCCCGUGUCCGACGUCAUACGGACCCAUCCGAAGCAGAGGAGCUUCUCAAGGGCCGCUACCAAAUCAUCAACGUCUGGCGACCCAUCGGCCACCCUGCUACGGACUUUCCUCUCGCUGUGAUUGACUACAGAAGCACCAAGCCAGAGGAUAUGAUCAAGGUCGAUCUUUUGUACCCCAACCGCAACGAUGACGAUGAUGAUGAUCGUGGAAAGGAAGUUCUGCCUGAUGAGGCGACCUUGAGGUCCACAGAGGGAUACACCGUCAAGGGCGAGACAUAUUCGGUUGCGGCGAACGAUGAGCACAAGCUCUACUACGCCAAGGAUAUGACACCUGAAGAGGUUAUGCUGAUCAAAUGCUUCGACUCCAAGAGUGAGGUUCACGAGGGUGGGCAACAUGGCAUUGCUGGAUAUACACCCCAUACCGCGUUUGUGGAUCCCAACACGCCGGAAGAUGCUCCCGGACGACAGAGCAUCGAGGUACGAUGCUUGGUUUUCUACUAG